AUGUCGUCUUCAGCGGCACUGUCAUACCAUGAGCCAGGCAUCGUGACCAUCCUCGUUCUUUCGUCCUUCCUCAUCCUUCAAAAUGUCAUCAACUGGCUCUUCGAUCGCCUCCUUUUCUGCGGUCUCAUCGGUCAGAUAGCCAUCGGUGUUGCCUGGGGCACGCCUGGCGGAAAAUGGCUUACCGAAGGAAUCGAAAACACCAUCAUGCAGUUGGGAUACCUGGGAUUAAUCCUCAUAGUAUUUGAAGGUGGAUUGUCGACGAAUCUCAAGACCUUGAAAUCGAAUCUCUUCCUCUCGUCUGUCGUCGCAGUUAUCGGCAUCAGCGCUCCAAUCGGCCUGUCAUUCUCCCUGCAAGGCUUCAUGGAUACAACGAAAGUACAAGCCUUUGCGGCAGGUGCUGCACUCUGCUCGACUUCGCUUGGGACUACCUUCACCAUUUUAUCAACAAGCGGCUUGAGUCAAAGCCGCCUUGGAGUUGUUCUAUCGUCUGCUGCGAUGAUGGACGAUAUCGUUGGCCUAGUCAUGAGCGGCAUCAUCUCCAAUCUUGGAAAAUCUUCCGAUUUCAGCCCAGUCACUGUGAUAAGACCGGUACUGGUGUCAGUCGCUUUUGCUGUUAUCCUUCCGUUGAUCCUUUUGUUCCUCAUCCAACCUUUGACAAAACGUGGCGUUCGGUUCAUCCAAUCUCGGAAAGAGAGCAGACUACAUCGACUAUUGAGCACGGAAGGUGCAGCACUGGCAUUCCACACGCUGGUAUUGCUCGCUCUUGUGACGGGUGCCAGCUAUGCUGGGACAUCGGUACUUUUCGCAGCAUAUCUUGCUGGUGCCUCGAGCACAUGGUGGGACAGCCUUUGUUUGGACUGCAUAAGAGAGAGCGACAGUGCACAGCGAAAACCCAAGAAUGCGACCAGCUCUUCGAAAGGAAAAGGGAGGGCCAAUGUAUCAUCGAACAGCAAGACGAAAAAGCCUCAAUCAAGCAGCUCCGAGUGCGACGAGCCGCAGAGAAUCACACAGAAUGGCGCCACGGAGAGCAACAAUACCGCCGGACAGAAGCAAUUGCAGUCCAGCCAAGUGUCUGUUGAGAACCCAGCUUUCAUACGUGGCACUCAGAUCUUUGAGAAGUACUACCAUCCGGCACUGCAGUUCGUCCUCAAGCCGUUCUUUUUCGCCUCGAUCGGCUUCUCCAUUCCAAUCUCCAAGGUGUUUGGCGGCGACGUGAUCUGGAAAGGCAUCGUCUACUCAAUUCUCAUGGUUUUCGCCAAACUGCUUUGCGGACUUUGCCUGCUACGAUUCGAGGGCCCGUCGAGACUUCUCAAAGUGGUGAAGAAGUACUUGCCUUCAAGCUUGUCUGUGUGCUGGCCGAACUCUUUGCGGCAAAAGACAGCGAAGAAUUCACAGCGCGAAGCAACCUCGAAGUCAACCACAGCGGAGGCAUCAUCAUCGCAAGCGGCUCCAAACAAUUCCCGCGAGCCAGUUCAAUCAUCUCAGCCCAAGACUCCGGUUUCGCUCUAUCCGGCCGCUCUACUGGGCAGUGCAAUGGUAGCGCGAGGAGAGAUCGGCUUCUUGAUCAGUUCAGUAGCUGAGAGCGAGGGAGUGCUUGGGACAACUGGCGAUGGUGGCAGCUCUGAGCUGUUCCUCGUCGUUACAUGGGCAAUUCUGUUAUGCACACUUCUGGGGCCAGUCACGGUGGGUCUCAUGGUGAAGAGAGUCAAGAGGCUUCAGGCUAUGGAGCGAAGCCAGCGGUCUGGAAAAGACGACCCUCUAGGCUCCUGGGGUGUGGUGCCUAGUCACUGA